AUGGAGAUGGAUCAGAUCAUCGAAGAGCCUUUCCCGGCUGCGUCCAAGCGUGAAACAGGCCAGAUUGACGGCGUAGCUACUGAAGCCACUGCUUUAUUCUUCGCCGAUAGAAUUCUCCUGACUCUGUGCCAAGAGGGCAGGCUUUCUCAAUGGGCAAGUUUUCUAAUUCAAGUACCACUCUCUGCGCCGUCUCCAGCUGCCGUGGAUAUGGCGCUUGCGAAUGAGAGCUUACUACCCAUGUCUCAUCUCACCCCCAAAACACUACUCGGGGGUGGUGGUGAAGAGCGCGAGUCUUUAGCUCAGUUAUACGCUGUCCAGAUAGCUAGCUACAUUGUGAGGCGUGACUCUAAUGAACGUCGCACUUUAGUAGUCGGGUUGGGCCUGCAGAAGCUCCGAGCUGAUCGAGAGGCCUUCUUUGAUGUGCUUGAACUCAUCCAGAAGGUCUUAUAA